AUGGAAGGAAAUGGUAAUCAAAGGGCCAUGGAAGAAGUACCUGCAACCACAUCCGAUGAAAAUGAGAAUUGUGAAGUCAGGUCUAGUGACGAAGAGGAAAUCAAUCAUGGCGGUUCAUCUUCGAGUUCACGACAAUAUAGCCGUUACACACGAGAGCAAGUUGAAGAACUUGAAAAAUUCUUCAAAAAGAACCCUCACCCUACCGAGAAAGAAAGGACUGAAAUUGCAAAUAAACUCAAUAUCACUAUCAAUAAGGUCAAAUUUUGGUUCCAGAAUAGAAGAACUCAAUUGAAGAGUCAAAAGGAGCGCAGUGAGAAUGUGAUUUUGAAGCAAGAGAACGAGCAACUGAGGCUUGAGAAUUUAGCAAUGGCAGAAGUCCUAAAGAACCCGCUUUGCAACAAAUGUGGUGCACAAGCAACAAUACCAGACGGGUCCAUUCACGCACACAAAGUCGUGAUAGAGAACGCACGGUUGAAAGAGGAAUUUAGCCAUUUUGCCAAUCAAGUCAGUCAAAUGUUUGGUAUACCAUUGUCAAACAAAGUGACAAUUCCUGGUGACCCUUUAAACCCAAUCAUGAGUCGAUCACUUAUGGACUACGACAUACCCAUUCAAAGGAAUGAAUAUCUUGUGCAAGCAUCAAGAGCCAUGGAAGUGCUCUUAAAGCUUGGGAAUGUCAAUGCUCCACUAUGGAAUAGAAACAUAGAAGGUGGAGGAGAAACCCUUAGUUUUGUUGAAUAUGAAAGGGCUUUUCCUCCUUCCCUUGGCACAAAACCACCUGGAUUCGUAUCUGAGGCUACACGGGCUAGGAGCGUGGUACCGAUGACUAGCUCAACCCUUGUAGAAGCAUUACUCAACGCGGAUCAAUGGAGAGAAAUGUUUAUAGGCAUGACAGGCAGUUGUACUACAAUGGAAGUGAUUUCCAAUGGUACAGGAGGCUCAAGAAAUGGUGCUCUCCAACUUCAAGCACAGGGGCAAUGGACUGUGGUUGAUUUGUCAAUCGAUUCAAGAAUUGAAGGACACAUGACAAGAAGGUGUCCUUCUGGUUGUAUCCUACAUGAUAUGCCAAAUGGUUUCACCAUGGUUACGUGGAUCGAACAUACUGAAUACGAUGAGCAAUCGGUCUCCCACCAGUAUCGUCAGUUAAUCAACUCGGGUGUGGGCUUCGGUGCACAAAGAUGGAUUAGUGCACUUUUGAGGCAUUGUGAAAGCAUAACAGCCAUCAUGUCUCCCACCCUCAACCACCACCUGCUUCAAGAUACAAAAAGAAGCUUAAGAGGCCUAGCACAACGCAUGAUGCGUAUCUUUUGUGGUGGGGUUUGUUUAACCGAUGGUCAACAAUGGGAUUUGGUUGCGGAUCACACACCGAAAAGACCAAGGAUCAUGGCACACAAUUACAUAAGUGGUUUUGGUGAACCAAUGGGAAUAGUCACUAGUGCAACCUAUUUAGUCUGGAUACCCACAAAUCACCAACACCUGUUUGAUAUGUUGAAAACAAAAGACAGGUGUAUAUGGGAUGUGAUAUGCCAUAGGAUUGCCGCUAGAAACAUGAUCCAUUUACCGUUGGGCCAAGAUGAAACAAGUCCUAACUGCAUCUCCAUUUUAUAUUCCAAUAUGGAAAGGACAACCGAAGACGACCAGGUUAUGGUGCUGCAGGAGACAAUCUGUGAUAUGACGGGAUCACUCAUUGUCUAUGCAACUAUAGAUUUCCCAACAAUAUCCGUGGUGAUGAAUGGCGAGGACAUUGCUUCGGUGGCUCUCUUGCCAUCAGGGUUAUGUAUAGUCCCAGGAUAUGGAUAUGGUGAAGACGGUGCAGGUGGUGAACGUGGAUCAAUGGUGACUGUGGGGCUCCAACUAUUGCACCCAGAUAUAACUACCUCAAACAUGAUCACAAUGGAAACCAUCAUCAUGAUAAACGAUCUGGUGGCACGAACAGUUCAGGGAAUCAUAGAAAUUGUUUGA